AACCGUACCUCGAACAUGUGCCACACGCCACACUCCGCCAGGUAGAACCAGCACCAGUUGGGCUCCGAGGUGUCCAUCUCCUCCAUCUCGACGGACUCCUCCUCUGACGCCCUGAUGGCUAACAUGGCUACAUCUGAAACAACAGCAGGGGCAAAACUCUUUAGACGGGAACGUGCAGCUGGAGUUCAAGCAGUUCACUCAGUCGAAUUUCAUUGAGGGAGCACGCUGCAAGCUGCAAGGAGUGAGAGACCAUGGACGAGGAAAAAGCCGGGGGACCAAGUGCUGCAGGAGUGGGUCCAGAUGAGGGGCCACGUGAAGAGGGGGCUCCUCCGAGAGGGAAGUGGGCCAACAACAAGGAGUUCCUACUCGCCAUGACUGGGGGAAUCAUUGGCGUUGGGAAUUUUUGGCUAUUUCCUUUUUCGUGCUACAGGCAUGGAGGAGCUGCUUUUCUCAUCCCUUACUUUUUGUUCCUCCUCUUCAUCGGCGGCCCUCUCUUCUUACUGGAGACGGCGUUGGGCCAGUACACCAACGAGGGCGCAGUCACGGCCUGGAGGAAGAUAUGUCCCAUGUUCGAGGGGGUGGGGAUGGCGUCCCAAGUGACCACGUUCUAUCUGAACACGUACUUCAUCGUCGUUUUGGCCUGGAAUAUCUUCUACCUGAUUUACUCCUUCAAAAGCCCCCUGCCCUGGUCUACUUGUGACAACUCGUGGAACUCUGAGUUAUGUCACAGUCCACUCAACAUGAUCCCCCACCAGUUUUACCCCAACACCAGCUGGUCUUUCCUAGACAACAUCUCCUUGCCUGAUGACUUUGAGUCCAUAUCGUACCUCAAUCUAACGGACCUAUCACAGCCGGACAAUACACCGGCGGAGGAGUUCUGGAGGAAUCGUGUGUUAAGAAUGUCUGACAAGCUCUUGGGUAAGGUGCACUGGGACCUGGCUCCGUGUCUCCUGCUGGCCUGGGUCAUAUGUUACUUCUGCACAUGGAAGGGAAUCAAAUCCAUUGGAAAGGUGGUCUACUUCACAGCUACAGUCCCCUACCUGCUGCUGCUCAUCCUCUUCUUCCGUGCAGUGACGCUCCCAGGAGCCGGGCAGGGCCUGUACUACUACCUCUUCCCAGAUUUAAGAAGACUCGCCGACCCAUUUGCAUGGGAGGCUGCAGCGAUGUGUGUGAUGUACACCUACGCCAUGUCUCAAGGGGUGCUGACCACUCUGGGAAGCUACAACAAGUACAACCGCAACUGCUACAGGGAUUGCAUGGCACUGUGCUGCCUGAGCUGUGUGACUAGCAUCUUUGCGGGUUUCAUCGUGUUCUCAGUGUUGGGAUUCCUGGCUCACGUGCAGGGUGUGGAUCUUCAUGAUGUUGUCACUGCAGGUCCCUCUUUGAUCUUCAAGGCCUUUCCUUUGGCCCUGUCGGUGCUGCCUGUCUCAACUUUCUGGACUGUGCUCUUCUUCCUCACGGUCUUCCUCCUGGGCGUCGACUCUCAUAUUAUGUUUAUGGAGAGUCUGGCCACAGCCAUCACAGACAUGUUCCCACGUCACCUGAGGAGGCCUGGAGCGAGGGAGGUCCUGGUCCUGGUCAUUGCUGUCGUUUGCUUCUUACUGGGGCUGACGUUCAUCACUGAGGGAGGGAUAAUCCCCUUUCAAAUUGUUGACGGUUUUGGAGCCAAUGGGAGCAUUCUCCUCGUCAUUUCCUGUUUGGAGACCAUCAUCAUCGGCUGGGUGUACGGAGCGGACCGUUUCUACGACAACAUUGAGGACAUGAUCGGGUAUCGACCAAACCCCGUGAUCAAGUACUGCUGGAUGUUCAUCACGCCGCUCAUCUCUGUGCUCUUGCUGCUGUUGAGACUGUUGACUCAAUUCUCGUCCUUCGAGUACGGUUACCAACUGGAACCUGUGGCCUCCAUAGUCGGCGCUUUACUUCUCACCACUCCGCUGAUGUGCAUCCCAGUGUUCAUUUUUGUGGCACUGUGGAGGAACCCCCAAAACAUGACCUCUCCGUCCAGCGACCUGCGUCAGGCGCGGCCCCACAAGCCUGUGCUCACGCUGUGUAAACGUGUCAUCUUCAAGGCACAGGGGCCGGCCGUCGGGACCACGGCCGAAACACACGAGAAGAUAAUGAUGGAGGAGCCCAGCGGGGUGUGAUUGGUUGUUGAUGGCGCUUGUAGACCCGCAGGAAGUGAUUGUGCAUAUAAGUGGUAUUGAUGACUUUUAAACGACAGGUAAACGACACAUUAAUCAUUCGUAAAAGACCAAAAAAAAAUACAUUUGAGACGGGUACAUUAAAGUGUAAAAAAAUAUCUAAAUGUAUAUAUUACUCCGCGUAUAAUCGAACACACUGUAUUCAUACUUAUCCUUCUAAUAACUGUAGAAGUCUGUUUUUCUGACGGUACUCGAUGACGGUGACUUGAAUGUUUCACACGUGAACAACGCAGCAGGAGAUUCUCCGCUCAGAAGCGUGAGGGGGGUGGAGCAGCAGGAAGAGGCGGGACGUGACAUUAAUCCUGCUUUUUCCUUUUCCUGGCAUCUGCAUUGUGUGAAAUCACCCACUCAUUCACUAACCCCUCCUCCCUGUAUAGGGACUUCUAUGUAGAGGAAUAUAUAUCGUGAGCUCAUCGAUAACAGAAGAAAGCCGAAUACUCUUUCAAACACCAAAUUUAUUGAUUAUGGUGUAAAACAACGUCUGCUGGUGGAAUGUCCCAUAAUAACAUUUUAAUGUUUAUUUUACUCUUAAUGGGAAUAUUGCUCGGUUAGUGACAUCAGGUGUGCACUACUUUUUACGAUGCAUUGUGGGAUACAAUGAGUCCACUGUAUAGUCUAUUAAAAAUGUCGCUAUACAUUUGGACAGCAUCACAAUAUGCAAACUCACUAUAGUGUGGACUGCAUCACUCCUCUCUAACUCCACCCUCCCUGAUCUGAUCCUUUCUAAACCUUCAGCUCCACCUCCUUUAAAUCACUAAUCAUCUCAUGCAUCAGACACAUUAGUUAUUGCAACAUUUUACUUGUAAUUCUAAUGUGUUUUGAAAAAAAAUCGAAUCAAAGCAGCUCAAACUACAACUUUUCUCUCUGUUAAUGCAAAAUCUGCAGGUUUGUUGGGGUCCGGGUGUCGGAAUUAAAGUAAUGUGACGGGAUGAAGUGAACAAAAUUGUUCAGUAAGUUUUGAAUUCUCUUUUGUACGCGUGCAGAUGGUGAUGAACUCUAUGAAUCUGAUUAAACCUCUGUUUGUUAAAUA